CAGUCUGCAAUCGCCAAUCGGUUGACACUGCUACUGGAAGACAGUGUCGGUCGUUCUUCCAACUAGUGGACACUUGUUCAAAUUACAGUUCGUAUCGUUUAGUCACGAUUGUCACGUCGGUCGGUCGGUCGCACGCUUCCAAAAUUUGAAUUGAUAAACGAGAAAUAUGGCGCCAUAAACCCAGGACUUUGAAUAAGGACCAUUGCAAUGAAACGAGUUAUCCGAGCGAGUGUGGCCGAUUCCGAGGAUGGUUCACCGACGCUCAGCCGAAGAUCCUCCCGGUUUAUGGUGGUCGACUUUACGAACGAUGAGAUCGCCCACAAGACCUUCAACAACCACCAGAACCCACCUCCCCAGGACUUCUACCAACUGAAGCAACGCUGUCUGUCCGAGAACACCCUCUUCGAGGACCGUGACUUCCCCCCAACCCACGAAUCGCUCACCAAGGACGGGUCCAAUCCCGACCCAUCGGUACAAUGGCUACGCCCGGGUCAAAUCUGCCGCAAGCCCAAGUUCUUCGUGGAAGGAGUCUCGCGGUUCGACGUUCGCCAGGGUAGUCUGAACGAUUGCUGGUUGCUUACGGCGACGGCGAAUCUCACCGCAAAUCAGCGAAUUUUUCGCAAAACCGUACCGCUGGACAAUUCCUUCGAGGAGGAAGAGUACGCAGGGAUUUUUCAUUUCCGGUUUUGGCAGUUUGGCCAGUGGGUCGAUGUGGUGAUCGAUGACCGUCUGCCGACGAAGGAUCGACGGUUGAUCUUUAUGAGUUCUAGUCAGAAGAACGAGUUCUGGAGUGCGCUGUUGGAGAAGGCGUACGCCAAGCUGUACGGAUCGUAUGGGGCGCUGAAUGGGGGGACCGCUAGGGAGGCGAUGCAGGACUUUACCGGGGGUAUUACGGAAUCGUAUCGGUUGAGGGCAAAGGAACCGCCACCGGAGAAUCUGUUCGAGAUCAUCCAGAGUGGGUUCCAACGGGGGUCGAUGUUUGCGUGUAACAUUUUGCCUGAUCCGAAGAUUCCAGAGGCUCGUACACCCCAAGGUCUUCUAAAGGGUCAUUCGUAUUCGAUAACUAAAACACACUUGUUCGACAAAAUUCAGUUGAUUCGGCUUCGGAAUCCCUGGGGAGACGGAGUCGAGUGGAACGGAGCAUGGUCCGAUCACUCUAAAGAGUGGGAUGCCAUUCCGAAGAAUCAACGGAAGCAGCUGGGUCUGACCAUUGACGAGGAUGGGGAGUUCUGGAUGAGCUUCCAGGACUUUCUGCGGUAUUUUGAUCGCAUUGAGAUCUGUAACUUGUCCCCGGAUCCGCUGGAUGAUCCCGAGGGUAGCAAACGUGGCUGGCAGGUAUCGACGGUUGAUGGAGAAUGGGUGCGAGGUUCUACCGCGGGUGGAUGCAUAGAUUUUCUGGAUACCUUCUGGACUAAUCCCCAAUACGUAAUACGGUUGGAUCAACCGGAUCGAGAUGACAAGAGUGGAAUGUGCACCGUGGUAAUUGCCUUGCUGCAAAAGUAUCGCAGAGUAGAAGAACUCGCAAGUUUGACGAUUGGCUUUGUGAUCUAUCGAAUAACUGAAGAAGAUCUCCGCAACAAACCUAUCCCUAUGAAAUUCUUCAAGAAGAAUGAAUACCGCAUUGUAGCCAGGUCAAUCUUUAUCAAUUCUCGUGAAGUAAGCUGCCGGCUGAAGCUCAACCCAGGACUGUACCUCAUCUUGCCGUCAACUCUUCAACAGAACGAGGAAGGUGAGUUCCUGGUACGAAUCUUCUCCGAACUUCGCAACUGCCUGGAGGAAAAUGAUUGUACCGUUUGCUUCGGUACCAUGGACGACAGAGUAUCCGGACCUCUGCUCGAGAACAAGGACUGGGAACAAAUGGUUCGUACGUUCUACGAGAUGGCCGACAAGAAAGGUGAAAUCGACCACGUGGCCCUCAGUUCCAUCCUAAACCAGUUCUUCUUCGCGCCCAAAAUCAAGUCAACCAAAUCCACUCGUUCUUUCUGGAAGUCCAUCUGCCUAAGUCUCCAGAUCUUCCUGCUCUGCCGCUGGAUGCCCUAUCCAGCACCCAGCAAACCCAACCGUUCCGUCAACCGAUCGCUUGUCCAGCAGAUCUCCAAACUUCUCAUAGCCCGCGUCAACCCUAACAAAUCAACACAGCUCAACUACGACCAGUUCAAAACCAUCGUUCGGGACAUCCAACAGUGGCAGGCGGUCUUCAAUCUGUACGAUCUGGACGCUAGUGGACACCUGGAUCGGAAGGAGCUCAAGCAGGCGCUCAACUCGUCCGGGUUUAACGUGAACAACCGCGUGACUAACAACUUGCUGAAGCGAUCGCAUGAACGUGGCAUAGACCGCAUGGAGCUGGUGGAUUUUGUGCUAUGUGCGGUGGAGAGCAGGAAUGCUAUUGAACUUCAUCAAAACAUUGAGGAAACCGCCAAUCGAAUAUUUGCCGAUAAAAAGAGGGACUGAACGUUCACGAAAGAAAAACUACGCCAUAUUUUACGUAAAUAACAGUAUAAAACCUAGCUUUUAUAGCCAAAUGUUAUUAAAUCAGCUAUGAUUUAGUGUGCUUUACAUGUGGACAAUCAUCAAAUAAAGAAUGUUGCAAAAAAUAAAACACGAUUCUGAU